UGGAGAUUAGUGGCCACAUGACAACACUGGGCUGGGCUCCCAGAGAGCCUUUCACUUUGCCUCGACUUGCAGGAGCGGUCUCAGGGCUGCUGUAGAACCAGUUCACUGAGGGCUGGAGAUUCCCCAAAUUCAUUUUAAUUUGAGUGGAUCUGUAAAUGAAGAGGAGAGCAGGCUGGCUGGGAGCUCAUCUGCGAUGGCACAGGACGUUUCGAGUUUAAGUGGAGAGGACUGCUUUGAGGAGAAAUCACCCUGUUGCUCAGACUCAGACGCUGCGAGUCAAGGCGACAAGGAUUAUGAUGACAUCUUGGAGCUCAAUCAGUUUGAUGGACUGCCUUACUCCUCUAGGUUUUACAAGCUGCUGGAAGAGAGGAAAGAGCUCCCAGUGUGGAGAGCAAAGGGUGAAUUUAUGGACUCCUUGGCCAAAGGACAGUUUGUGGUUGUCAGCGGCUUUGCUAAAAGUGGAAGGAGCUCUCAAAUUCCUCAGUGGUGUGCUGAAUUCUGCCUGUCAACCCAGUUCCAGCAUGGUAUGGUGGUCUGCACUCAGAUUCAUCCACAGCAGGCAGUAGAUCUCGCCCUAAAAGUGGCUGAUGAGAUGGACGUCAACAUUGGCCAUGAAGUCGGGUACACCAUCCCUUUAGAAACAUGCUGCUCCGAUGACACUAUCCUCAGGUACUGCACAGAUGACAUGCUCCUUAGAGAGAUGAUGUCAGAUCCUUUGCUUGAGCGCUACGGUGUGGUGGUGGUGGAUCAGGCCCACCAGAGGACUGUGGCCACCGAUGUGCUCCUGGGUCUGUUGAAGGGCAUCGCCCUGCAGAGGCCAGAGUUCCAUGUGAUCCUCCUAUCAGCUGUUGAACCUGGCCCCAAGCAGCUGGCACUCUUCACCGGGUCCCCACUGCCAGUGAUCCACCUGGAUGCCCCCGGUGUGGGGAAGGUGGUGCACAGCAGCACCGGUGACAACUACUUCUGCUCUUCUCUCCGUCUUGUGCUGGAGAUCCACCGCUCUGACGAGCGGGGGGAUGUGGUUGUGUUUCUGGUGACAGCACAGGAAAUAGACCUGGCCCGCGACAUCCUGUGCCAUGAGGCCCGCAGCUCGACAUUUGAUCGGGGGGAGCUGCUGCCGAUUGCUGUGCACGCCGGCCAGCCUGGGACUCUACAGGUUUUAGGGGAGGAGGAGCAGGAGACACGAAGAGUGUUCCUCACAUGCAGCCCGAACGAGGACUUCUUCUGGGCUGUUAGCUCAAUAAGCUUUGUUAUUGAUGCUGGGCUUGAGAAAAGAUAUAUUUACAACCCGAGGAUCAGAACAAACUCCGUCGUCAUCCAGCCCAUCAGCGCGGGUCAAAGCGAGUGUCGCAAACAGCUGGCAGGUCCAGCAGGCAAGUGUUUUUGUCUGUACCCAAAGGAGAGGCAGCUUCCUGCAGAGGUCCGUCCUCGUAUUGUGGAGUCUGACCUCACCGCCACUGUGCUCUUCCUCAAAAGGAUGGAGUUAGCCGGACUGGGACAGUGUGACUUUAUUGACAGGCCAGAUCCUGGAGGUUUGAUGCAGGCUUUGGAGGAACUGGAUUAUCUAGCAGCUCUGGAUAAUGAUGGCAACCUGUCCGAGAUGGGCAUCAUUAUGUCGGAGUUCCCUUUAGAGCCCCAGAUGGCCAAAACUGUGCUGGCCUCCUGUGAGUUUGACUGUGUCAGCGAGGUGGUCAUCAUCGCUGCCAUGCUAACAGCUCCUUCUUGCUUCACGGUUCCCCCUGUGGAACUGAAACCAGAGGCGAGCCAGUGCUACAUGAAGUUCCAACACCCAGAGGGAGACCACUUCACCCUCAUCAACAUCUACAAGGCCUUCAAACAGUGUCAGCAGGACCCAUCAAGUUCUUACUGUAAUGAGGAGAAAUGGUGUCAGGAUUUCUUCCUGAACCACAAAGCUCUGCUGAUGGCUGAUGCUCUCCGGGCUGAGCUCACAGAUACUCUGAAGAGAAUCGAGCUGCCCGUCUCGGCGCCCGCCUUCGGCUCCCGGAUCAACACCAUCAACAUUAAGAGAGCUCUCCUAGCAGGUUUCUUUAUGCAGGUGGCCCGGGAUGUGGACGGAUCAGGGAACUACUUCAUUCUGACCCAUAAGCACGUGGCACAGAUCCAUCCUCUCUCCAGCUACAGAGCCAAGGGUCCCAAAGCGAGCCUACCGGAGUGGAUGCUGUUCCACGAGCACACCUUCUCAGAGGACAACUGUCUCCGCACUGUAACUCUCAUCACACCAGAGGAGUUCAUUCAAAUGGCACCACAGUACUUUUUCUACAACUUACCGAACAGUGAGAGCAAAGACAUCCUCCAGAACAUUUUGACCCAUGGAGCUUCUCGCUACAGAGAGGACAAGCGGUCGUCACCAGAGGAACCCCAGCAGAACCAGACUUCUGAUCGUUGCGUCAUUCAGUGACUGACAGACCUGCUGCUGUCAUGAAGAGGACACAAUCUGGACAUUCCACACGAUACUGGACAGCUGUACAUCUGGAUAGCUGAAUGUUUAGAUAUGCUUCCUGCUAUUUGUGCCU